GCCUGAAUUUGUUUAAGCUACUUAGAAAUAUCAUUGAAAAUUUGAAAUAGGUUAUUUGCUUCCAAGGGCAUUACAUUCCGGUAUUAAUGGAGAAUGGGCAACGAAAAGAAAAAGAAUUCUCACCGGAAGUCGCAGAGUUGGAUGAGGUCCUCAAGGUGUUGGAUUCUUCACUUUCCCAAAUCAAAUGGCGUCUCAAAGCUUCAGCAAGACGUCGACUCCAGAUAGAUGUUCUUGCGUUAUGCACAGGAAUGAGACCAGUUGUUAUGGUAGACUAUGGGGGAAAGAUGCCUGAGCUACAAGAACGACUUUGUGCGCUUCUGAAUUCCAUUCAAAUGGAAUUAUGCAUUUUUGAGCAUUUAAGAAUAAUGAUCAUAGAAGAUAUGAUCUAUUUAGUACAUGUAAGAGGAUUUGCAGCGCAUGUUCAGUCAAGCUUGAGCUCAGAUUCUCAACUUCUCUUUGUGGACCUUGAACAGGAUCCCCCGAAGAUGAUAACACAGCCAGAGAAAACCCCAUUAGGGCUGCAACUUUUAUCAAUUCUAAAGCUGUUCUCUUCAUUAUUUCCCGUGGAAGGAACGGAAAAUGGUUUUUCGUCAAGUGACGGGAAAAAUAGCAUGGCUAAUGCCAAAUCCCCUGACAAUGACGGUACGACUUCACAAUCUUCUGAGUUUAUUGAUCUCAGUAGCUGCUUGCAAGAUACUGAAGUUACCGUGCCAACUUUAAAUGGAUGGCUUCUUGGUUAUCCUGUAGUAUACGCCUUUGGAAAGGACCAUAUCUCUGAUGCAAUUUUUAAUCUCUCGACCAAGCCUCUUCAUAUUUUCAGAAUAUCAAUUUGCAGGAAUUGUUCAUCCAGUAAAGGAUCUCAGGCGGAGGAACUGUUGAGUUUCUCGGUGCCCUUCGAUUUAAGCAUGGGUGGGAGAGAUGAAGAAUGGGCAAAAUCGUAUUUGGCUCAUAUGCAGAUGAAGUGGGAAAGGUGCAAGCAAACUUGGAGGUCUUUGCGGAUGGAUGUCAGUGAGUGUUAUCCACAAGCCAUUGUUUUGUAAUGAUAUUCCCCUAUUCUCAGCUCAAGUGAUAUGGUACUGUGGAAGUUAUUAACACUUACAAAUAAUAGAUAUUCUCAAUUGGAGACCUGGUCUGUGGAGCUUUUUAGAGAAUAGACGAGACCUUAUUAUUACUUAAUGAACAAAUCUGAGACAAAAAUAACUAUAAACAAUAAUAUUUGAGUGUCUUGAUUGUGUAUGUGGAGAAAUGAUAAUUUUAUGUUCUGUAAUGAAUUUGAGGCAGGUCAUUCUUCCUUUGUUU